AUGAUUUGGAAUAAUGAGACUGAAGAGGUCUCCUUUUUACUGAUGAAGCUAAAGAUAAAUGAUGCUGGACUUUACUCCUGUGAAGUGAAAUGAGUUGUACCUCCACCCACAACCGUUCUAUCACAAUAUAGAUGUCACGGUUUCGGCCGAGGCUGCUCCUCCUCCUGGUUCGGGCAGGCUUCGGCGGUCGUCGUCCCCGGAGUACUAGCUGCCACCGAUCUAUGUUUCAUGUUCGUUUGGUUUUGUCUUGAUGUUGUACACCUGUGUCUUGUUAGUCCUCGUUAGUGUCCUAUUUAGUUCUUGUUGUGUGUGUUUGUCUUUGUGUGUGAUUGAUCUUCUGUUUCGUGUUGGAGCUACGUACUUCCCUCCAGUGUUUUGGAGAGGUUUUUCGCACAUGUUAGUGCGCCGUUUGAUUGACGCCUGUGUGCGCCGUUAUUUCGCCUUCGGGCUUAUUGUGCUUAUUUUCUACGUGUAUAUUGCACUAAAGUCUUUUGGACUGAGCUUCUGCGUCCUGCGCUUGAUUCAUGCACCACACCCACCUUCAGCACCCCUUGACAAUAGAAUACAUCUUUAUUAUUACAGGUUAGUGUACUUUGAUCGUAUAAUAUAUUGUACCAUUUGCAGUAUGUGAAACCAAAGCCUUUCUGUGAGCGAGCCACUGUAAUCAGAGUUUAACUAACUGUUACAGUGCCUAUCAUGCUUAUGUGUUACAAAGUGGGAUAAAAAUAUAUAUUAAUGACAAAUAAAACACUAAUAUGCCUUGAUUAGUGUCAAUGUACCCUGGGUCAAUGUUAUGUAUGUUAGAAACACCUAUGGCAGCAAUUACAGCUGUGAGUCUUAUUAGGUAUGUCUAUAAGAGCUUUGCACACCUGGAUUGUGCAGCAUUUUCCACUUAUUAUUUUAAAAAUUAUUCAAGCUCUGUCAGGUCUUACUAUAGAUUGUCAAGCAGAUUUGUUUUUGUAGUAUUACUUUAGUGCCUUUUUGCAUUCAGGAUGACUGUUUUGUAUUCUGUAUAUUUGUAUUCUUCUUUUCACUGUCAUUUAGGUCAUUAUUGUUGAUCCAUCCUCAAUUUUCUCCCAUCACAGCCAUUGAACGCUGUAGCUGUUUUAAAAUCACCAAUGGCCUCAUGGUGAAUCCCUGAGCAGUUUCCUUCCUAUCCUGUAGCUCAGUCCAGAAGGACCACUGUACAUUUGAUGUGUCUGGGUGGUUUAAUAAAUCCACAGCAUAAUUAUUAACUUGACCAUGCUUAAAGAGAUAUUCAAUGUCUGAUUUGUUAGUGUUACCCAUCACUGUGUAGUUGAAUCUGUGCUUCAAAUUCAAUACUUGACUGAGGGACCUUACAGAUGUAUGUAUGGAGGACAGAGGAAGGGUUAGUCAUUUAAAAAUCAUGUCAGCCCCUAUUACUUCAUGCAGAGUGAGUCCAUAUAACUUAUUGUGAUUUAUUCAACCAAAUUUUACUCCUGAAAUAAAUGUAGGUGUAAGGACAGACGCUUUGAGACAGGAAGCAAAUACAGGGUGAGGAUUUAAUAAUAAAUAGACAUGAAAUAAAGCAAGAACAGUGUCUGGACAAGAAAAACAAAACACCAUCAAUGCAGACACGGGGAUCAAACUGAGGAACAGACAGAUAUAGAGGAGGUAAUUAAGCAGUGAUGAAGUCCUGGUGAGUCCAAUGAAGCGCUGAUGCGUGUAACGAUGGUGACAGGUGUGAGUAAUGAUGGGCAGCCUGGCGCCAUCGAGCGCCAGGGAGGGGGAGCGGGAGCAGGCGUGAUAUUAGGCUUGCCUAAGCGAAGGGGGUGAAUACUUAUGCAACAACUAUAUUUUAGUUAUUUAAUUUGUAUUAAUUUGUUUAAAAUAUAUAUAUAUAUAUAAUUAAACUGCCUUUUCACUUUGUCAUUAUGGAGCAUUUUGUGUAGAUCAAUGACAAAAAAACACAAUUAAAUCUAUUUCAAUCCCACUUUGUAAUGCAACAAAAUGUGAAAAAUCCACUUAUGAUACCCACUGUAUGUCAAUGCUACAAAGGAGAAACCUAAUGUUGACACCUAUUUAAUGUUCACCACCUCUAUACUAUCUAGCCCCUCCUGCCGUAUCUGUGUCUGAUGUAAAGGAGUCCAGUGGUGGACUUCCCAUGUUGCUGUGCUCCUCUCAGGGUUUUUAUCCAGAGACCAUAGAGCAGGUGUGGUUUAGAGAUGGUCAGCUCCUCAACACCACACUUUCAGACACGCAGCAGGAGGUCAACCCAGAUGGUUCCUUCACCCUCCACUCCUACCUGCCUCUGUCCUCAGGACCCAGCCAGACUGGCCUCUACCUCUGCUUGGUCAACCACUCUGCUCUCAGCCAGCCUAUCACUGUCAAUCACACAGUCAUGUCCAAUGGUGAGAGCUAA